CCCUCUCAAUCUUUGAUCAAUGUACUUGCCAGGGAGAACCCAAGUCCCUCAAUCCUCUUCCUUUUCACCUUCAUCCUUAACUUUGUGCUAGAGCGGGACCCACACCACCACGGCCGACCCUCCCCGCCCCCGCCCCCCCCAAACCAGCCCUCGCUCCCAGCCCCGGGAGAGGACGCACAUUCCGACUUGCGGGACACUUUUGUGCGUUUCUCUCCAGAGCGCCUCUCCUCUCGCGCUCGCCCCUCCGGCGCUCGCUCUUUCUCACCCUCACCUCCCUGGUCCCCCUACUCUCCCUUUCUGCUGCUCAUCCUCUCCUAGAGUUUGUUGUUGUUGUUACCCCCCUCGCCCCUUCUCCCCCCUCUUUUCCCCCUUCCCCUCCCGGGGGUGCGUGGCAACUUUUCCCCUCGCUUCUCUUCCUUCUGUUUCCCCUUAUAUGUGACCAUGGCAGUGCCGGCGGCUUUGAUCCCUCCGACCCAGCUGGUCCCCCCUCAACCCCCGAUCUCCACGUCUGCUUCCUCCUCUGGCACCACCACCUCCACCUCCUCGGCGACUUCGUCUCCGGCUCCGUCCAUCGGACCCCCGGCGUCUUCUGGGCCAACUCUGUUCCGGCCGGAGCCCAUCGCUUCGGCGGCGGCGGCGGCGGCGGCGGUGGCCACAGUCACCUCUCCCGGCGGCGGCGGCGGCGGUGGCGGUGGCGGCGGCGGCAGCGGAGGCGGCGGUGGCAGCGGCGGCAGCGGAGGCGGCGGCAGCAACUGCAACCCCAGCCUGGCGGCCGCGAGCAACGGCGGCGGCGGCGGCGGCAUUAGCGCCGGCGGCGCCGGCGCCUCCAGCACCCCCAUCAACGCGAGCACCGGCAGCAGCAGCAGCAGCAGCAGUAGCAGCAGUAGCAGCAGCAGCAGCAGCAGCAGCAGCAGCAGCUGCGGCCCCCUCCCCGGGAAACCCGUGUACUCAACCCCGUCCCCAGUGGAAAACACCCCCCAGAAUAAUGAGUGCAAAAUGGUGGAUCUGAGGGGGGCCAAAGUGGCUUCCUUCACCGUGGAGGGCUGCGAGCUCAUCUGCCUGCCCCAGGCUUUCGACCUGUUUCUGAAGCACUUAGUGGGGGGCUUGCACACGGUCUACACCAAGCUGAAGCGGUUGGAGAUCACGCCGGUGGUGUGCAAUGUGGAACAGGUUCGCAUCCUGAGAGGACUGGGCGCCAUCCAGCCUGGAGUGAACCGCUGCAAACUCAUCUCCAGGAAGGACUUCGAGACGCUCUACAAUGACUGCACCAACGCAAGUUCUAGACCUGGAAGGCCUCCUAAGAGGACUCAAAGUGUCACCUCCCCAGAGAGCUCUCAUAUCAUGCCACAUUCUGUUCCUGGCCUCAUGUCUCCUGGAAUAAUUCCACCAACAGGUCUGACGGCAGCAGCUGCAGCGGCUGCUGCUGCUACCAAUGCAGCUAUCGCCGAAGCAAUGAAGGUGAAAAAAAUCAAAUUAGAAGCUAUGAGCAACUAUCAUGCCAGUAAUAACCAACAUGGAGCAGACUCUGAAAAUGGGGACAUGAAUUCAAGUGUUGGCAGCAGUGAUGGUUCCUGGGAUAAGGAAACACUUCCCUCUUCCCCAUCCCAGGGAUCUCGGGCUUCUGUUACCCAUCCCCGCUUGCCUCGAGCGCAUAGCCUUCCAGUUAGCCAUCCUCUCAGCCAUCUUCAGCACAGCCACCUUCUGCCAAAUGGACUGGAACUUCCUUUUAUGAUGAUGCCCCACCCUCUAAUUCCUGUCAGCCUACCUCCAGCAUCUGUCACCAUGGCAAUGAGCCAGAUGAACCACCUCAGCACCAUUGCAAACAUGGCGGCAGCAGCUCAAGUUCAGAGUCCUCCAUCCAGAGUUGAGACAUCUGUUAUCAAGGAGCGUGUUCCUGACAGCCCCUCCCCUGCCCCUUCUCUGGAGGAGGGUCGAAGGCCUGGCAGUCACCCAUCAUCGCAUCGCAGCAGCAGUGUGUCCAGCUCCCCAGCACGGACCGAGAGCUCUUCUGACAGAAUCCCUGUCCAUCAGAAUGGAUUGUCCAUGAACCAGAUGCUGAUGGGUUUAUCACCAAAUGUACUCCCUGGGCCAAAGGAGGGAGACUUGGCUGGCCAUGACAUGGGGCAUGAGUCGAAAAGGAUGCAUCUUGAGAAAGAUGAGACCCCACUUUCUACACCAACCGCAAGAGACAGCCUCGACAAACUUUCUCUAACUGGGCAUGGACAACCACUACCUCCAGGUUUCCCAUCUCCUUUUCUGUUUCCUGAUGGACUGUCUUCCAUAGAGACCCUGCUGACCAAUAUACAGGGACUCUUGAAAGUUGCCAUAGAUAAUGCCAGAGCUCAAGAGAAACAGGUCCAACUGGAAAAAACAGAGUUGAAGAUGGAUUUUUUAAGGGAAAGAGAACUAAGAGAAACACUUGAGAAGCAGCUGGCUAUGGAACAAAAGAACAGAGCCAUAGUUCAAAAGAGACUAAAGAAGGAGAAGAAGGCAAAGAGAAAAUUGCAGGAAGCACUUGAAUUUGAGACAAAAAGGCGUGAGCAAGCAGAACAGACGCUAAAACAAGCAGCAUCAACAGACAGUCUCAGGGUCUUAAAUGACUCUCUGACCCCAGAGAUAGAAGCUGACCGCAGUGGCGGCAGAACAGAUGCUGAAAGGACAAUACAAGAUGGAAGACUGUAUUUGAAAACUACUGUCAUGUACUGAAUCUAUCCUGUUGAAGAAAUUCAUGUUCUACUAAAGAACUUUGCAGUAAGACAUUCGUCAUCAGAAAGUUCAGAAAAAAUAAAGUCCUUUUAAGGGAACUUCCUCAAUUUUGUGUAUUAAUGUUCUCUAACAUUUAAGUAUUCUUCAGAAAAAAAAAGUUUUCUCCAUUGAUUUUCACCUGUGGUUCAUACCAGAGACCUGAGAAUGUUUGUAAAUGUACAAAAUCAAACUUCUUACAGUUAAUAACUGCAACUUUGCUGCUGGACGCUUGUAUACAGAGUUAAAAGAGGGUCUGAAUAAGACCUAGCAUUUUUUUUUAAUGGAAUGAACCAUUUUCCUCUUCUGAAAAUUCUGUAUCUGAGCACAUCAACAGACUCUUAUAGCAGUGGUCACCCAGACUUACAGAAUUAUGUCCCACAAAAACCAGCAAGAAGACGUGGAAAUGAACUUGUAAGGGGCAUAGAGGAUUCUGAAAAAAAAUUAAAGAGUGAUAUUCUGUUACAUUCAAUUUUAAACUCUAAAUGUGGGUUUUCUCCUGAAGAUUUUUUUCACAUACUUUCCAAAAGACCAACAAAUGGAUGUCAACAAAUCAAUGAAUAUACAUUUUGCUUAUCUAAUGAAAAGAAGCAUUGAAUAUAAGCCAAAAGGUUUCACUGAAGGUCUCUUUUCUUAAAAAUAAAAAAAAUAUAUAAAUAUAACAUGUUUUCAUUCCAAACUGGUAGUGGUAUAUAGGAUUAAAAAUAAUAAUGUUGCUUCUUAUUCAACCUGUUGGUCACAUGUACAGUAUAUAAACAUAAAACACACAAGGAAGGUAUUAUGUAUGAAGUAGUAUACUAGCAUUUAGGAAAAUGAAAAUUUUAGAGAAUAUGUUUUGUCACCCUGUUGGUCAGAAAGCUGUCUUUCUGGUUUUAACGCAUGAGGCAUGUAAAUAUUUGUCUGGAGUCACAGUAUUAAUGAACAAGAUCGUAAGCAUCUGGUGACAUCAGAACUCUGUGUCAGCCACUUUUAUUUGUGUAUUCUUCGCCAGUCAGUGCUCCAAACUGCACUAUUGAGAAUGGAUUGUGGCUGACCAGUAAAGCAAAACACCAGAAAUAUUUUUAUAUGUUAAUGUCAUAUUAUGUUAAUGUUGCUGAAAAACAAAACCUAACAAGCCCUUGUGUAUCAGUCCAAUACCAUGUAACCCUGAGUGGUAAAGUUGAACUGUGUCGUGCUUCCCACCCUGGUCAGAGGGAAGGGUGGCUACGUGUUAUUUUCACUGUCUCUUUGAAAGUUAUAGUAUGUGUUUUCACUUUUGUGCAGAUAACUGGAAGUAAAAGCUGCAAACAGUGCUUAUUACAUGCUGAAGUUACCUUCUCUUUGUUUUUAUAAUCUGGAGUUACACCUUUAAAGACUGAUAAAAAUCAGUUCAGCCAUUGUACAUUUUAUGAUUUUUCUGUCAUCUUAAAAUCUUAUGAUUAUAACAUUAUUUAUUACCAUGAAACAACAAAAUCUUAAGUGUCUAAGAAAACUAGCUUAAAAUGUUUAAAGAUAGUUCUGAUUGGGUAAUAAUUAUUUGGUUAAGAAAAAAUUAAUAUAGAUACUCUGGCACUAAGCGUCUAUCCAUUUUAGGUCUUUUUAUUAUACUGGAAGAUAAUUCUUUCAUGUAACUUGCUAUUAACCAGAUUAGUCCUCUUUUUAUUACAAUAAACAGGUUAUAUGUACAGUUCAUACUUUAGCUUGCUUUAAAAGGGAGCAAUAUCUUUAUUUAAAAUAUUGUUAGUAAAUGUUUUGUAGAAACUUGGUUUUCUAAUUAUAGUUCUUUCAUAAACAUCUUUCGUUGUUUGAGCACAAGUGAUUCUAUUCCUAGUUAUAUAUAUUUUUGUUUGCUUGUUUUUUCCCUAUAUACAGUCUUUAAAGGAUUAUAACACUUAAGAUUGGAUGGACUUGUGGCAGGUUUCAGAAUCAUACAUUUUUUGAAAGAUUUUUUAAAAAGCCUACAACUUCCAUAUAUAGUAGAAUCAGCCAUCGCUCUGCUCCUGGCAUAGAGUCACCUAUUAAGUGAGGUUAAAUAGUUUUAAGAUACAUGCUUUCAAGACUUUGAGAAUGCUUUAGUGUUUGGUUCAAGAUAAAAGGAAAUUUUAGCAAGGAUUAAAGAAAAAAAGCUGUCAGCUAUAUGUUAAGAGAGAAUCUUACUAACAUGUUGUAAAUAUUACAAUUCACAAAAUGUUAUUGUAAGUCUGUAACUUAAUUUUUUCCCUUUUUUUAGUUAAACAGAUUGGUUUAGAAUUUGUGUUUUGGCAUAAAUAAGUAAAAUUGUGCCCAUUUUAUGGUUUCCAUGCUUUUGUAAUCCUACAAAUAUUAAUGUCUAGUUGUUCUAUAUUAUAACCACAUUUGCGCUCUAUGCAAGCCCUUGGAACAGAACACACCCAUCUUCAUGUAGGACCUAUGAAAAUUGUCUAUUUUUAUCUAUAUAUUUAAAGUUUUCUAAAAAUGAUAAAAGGUUAUUACGAAUUUUGUUGUACAAAAUCUGUACAAAAAUCUGUUUUUACAUCAUAAUGCAAGAAUUGGAAAUUUUUCUAUGGUAGCCUAGUUAUUUGAGCCUGGUUUCAAUGUGAGAACCACGUUUACUGUUAUUGUAUUUAAUUUUCUUUUCUUUUCAACAAUCUCCUAAUAAAAAUGUCUGAAAUCUCCUUGUGACUUUA